GGAUCAGUGUGGCUGCCGCCUGUGAACGAGGGAGGAACCAACACGGCGAACGAGAGCAAAAGCGACAGAGACAGACGGAAGAGAGCGGAAGACAGAGAGGAAGACACAGCCCGAGAUAAGGCUUCCCUCCACUGCUAAUCAAUGAAAGAAGCCAUGCCUGUCCUCUCAGCAGGUGCAGGGCUGCAUGAGACGUUGGCCCUGCUGACCUCCCAGCUGCGUCCAGAUGCCAAUCACAAGGAGGACAUGGUGUUCCUGAAGGACGUCUUCAGCGAGAGGAGCCUGGGCUACCUCAUGAAGAUUCAUGAGAAGCUGCGGCAGUACGAGCGCCAGAGCCCAACCCCCGUGCUCCACAGCGCCUCCUCCCUGGCAGAGGAUGUAGCAGAGGAGUUGCAAAGUGGGCCAAUGAGUAUUGAAGAAAAGGAGCUAUUACAGUUGUUGACGUCACCCCAUUUACGGGCCAUGCUGUCUGUGCAUGACACGGUGGCCCAGAAGAACUUUGACCCCAUUCUGCCACCCCUGCCAGACGACCUGGAGGAUGAGCUGGAGGAGGAGUCCGUAAAGAUUGUCCGACUGGUCAAAAACAAGGAACCGCUGGGGGCGACGAUUCGGCGGGACGAGGCCACAGGUGCGGUGAUGGUGGCGCGUGUGAUGAGGGGAGGAGCAGCAGACAGGAGCGGUCUGGUCCACGUGGGGGACGAGCUGAGGGAGGUGAACGGCGUCUCCAUCAUCCACAAGCGCCCUGAUGAGAUCAGCCAGCUACUGUCGCAGUCGCAGGGCUCCAUAACGCUGAAAAUCAUCCCAGGCAUCAAAGAGGAGGACCGGCUGCGAGACAGCAAGGUGUACGUGAGGGCGCUGUUCGACUACAGCCCCGUGGAGGACAAGGCCACGCCGUGCCAGGAGGCGGGGCUUCCCUUUCAGCGGGGGGACGUCCUGCAGGUGGUGAGCCAAGACGACAACACCUGGUGGCAGGCCAAGAAGGUGGGCGAUAGCGGCCUUCGUGCCGGACUGGUGCCCUCCAAACAGUUCCAGGAGAGACGGCUGGCCUACCGAAUGAAAAUGGGCACUCUUCAGAAUCCCAAAUCUCCUAAAAAGCCUGUCUAUGAGCAGGGCUGUGAUAAAGAGGACUGUGACUGUGAGGGCUAUUUCAAUGGACAGUACAUAGUCUCUCCGAAGUGUAAAGCGGUGGCGCCCUCCUGUGGCCAGGUGUUUUCCUGGGAGUUUUACUCAGCUGGCCUGCGACGCAGUUUCCGCCUGAGUCGAAAGGACCGGCAAGGCUCGUCAGGAGAUGCCAACACCUUGGACAGCAGUGACCCUGAUUUCCUCACGUACGAAGAGGUGACUCGGUACCAGCACCGGCCUCAUGAACGACCUCGUCUGGUAGUGCUCAUAGGUUCUUUGGGCGCUCGCAUCAAUGAGCUGAAACAACGGGUAAUAGCUGAGAACCCACAUCGCUACGCCGUGGCUGUUCCACACACCACCAGGCCUAAGAAGAGCCAUGAGAAGGAGGGGGUGGAGUACCACUUUGUCACCAAACAGGCAUUUGAUGCUGACGCUCAGAACAACAAGUUCAUAGAGUAUGGGGACUACAAAGAGAACCAGUAUGGCACCAGUAUUGAGGCCAUUCGCACGGUUCAGGCCAAGAAUAAGAUGUGUAUGGUGGAUGUCCAGCCAGAGGCCUUAAGGACGCUGCGUACGGCAGAGUUCAAACCCUUCGUGAUUUUCGUCAAACCGAAAAUCCCAGAGGGCAGAAGGCGUCGCAGUGCAGCUACCUCACCAGGAGGGGGCGAGCAUGGGCGAGUCACGGAGGAAGAGAUUCAGGAGAUGCGUCAGUCAGCCCAGCAGAUCGAUCAGCAGUAUGGCCACAUGGUCGAUCGCUUCCUGGUUAAGGAGGACUCGGCAAGUGCCUGCUCAGAACUGAAGGGAAUUCUCGAGAGGCUGGAGCGGGAGAGCUUCUGGGUGCCGGUCAGUUGGGUGAGGCCCUAAGAGGCCUCGUCCCGCCCCAGACGCUGCCUUUGUGGACUGGGAAUGUGUCUCUCGCUCCCCUCUACCCCACCAAGGGACACACCUCCGUACUGACAUUUUGGCUCGUCUCUGAUCCCACCCAACCCCUAGUCCGUCCGGCUUUAACCUGUCCCUGUGCUGGUGGUGGUGGUGGU